GUCGGGCCGUGGGCUGUGCUGAUCGUGGGGCAACUAUUUAAACGAUCGCAAGCGAUCGAUUUCGAUCAGUCUAGUUCACACGCGUACUUGAGGUACAAUUUUCUGAUUGAAAAAAAAAAAGUCUUUCUCCUUUUCGUUUUUUUUUUGUGUUAAUGUUUAUUAGAGGACCCGGUCAAACAUUUGUUUCCAGUUGAAAAAUAAUACAGUUUGUUAAAUAGUUGUUGAAACAAUCGUUAAAGUUAAAAUUGUUAAAAUAAGGAGAAAAAUUCAGAUCACCAAGUGACUUUACAGAAGAUCAAGUGAGAAAAUAAAACGGUGCGAUAAAAAGUUCGAAGAAGUUGAGUUUUAAACAAGAAGUGUAACUUUUGAAACGCCAUGGCCUACACCGGACUGGUAUUGGCACUGUUGACCAUCGUCCUGUCGGUGGCGUGUUACUUCAAGAUCCUGUACGAGUGGCAUCGAAAAGUACGUGUUCAAACGGUGCGAUCGGUGCGCUAUUCGAAGAAGCUCACUGCGGAACAACCAGAGCAGAAGACCAACGAGGAGGAACUGGUGACAUUUUCGCAAGCUCCGGGACCGAUGCCUUGGCCGAUCCUGGGCAGUCUGGCGAUCCUCGGCAAGUACGAGGUCCCCUUCGAGGGUUUCACGGCACUCGCGCGAAAGUACGGUGACGUGUACAGCCUGACACUCGGUUCCAACCGGUGCCUGGUGGUGAACAGCCUGGAAUUGAUCCGGGAGGUGUUGAACCAGAACGGACGCUACUUCGGCGGCCGGCCGGACUUCCUACGCUUCCACAAGCUAUUCGGUGGCGAUCGCAACAACUCGCUUGCUUUGUGUGAUUGGUCUGCGCUGCAGCAGAAGCGUCGCAAUCUCGCCCGCAAGCACUGCUCGCCAAGCGACGCUUCCAGUUACUACCAGAAGAUGAGCGACGUCGGCGUGAUGGAGAUGCACCGGUUUAUGGAUCAGCUUGACGAGGAGGUCAUUCCGGGACGGGACUUCAAGGUGAAACCGUUGAUUAUGCAGGCCUGCGCUAAUAUGUUUAGCGAGUACAUGUGCUCGGUGCGGUUCGACUACAAUGACGCCGGCUUCCAGCAGAUGGUGCGCAACUUUGACGAAAUCUUCUGGGAAAUCAACCAGGGAUACGCGGUCGAUUUCAUGCCCUGGUUGGCUCCAUUCUACCACAAGCACAUGAACAAACUGAGCCGCUGGUCGGCCGACAUUCGUGACUUUCUCUGCGAGCGAAUCAUCAACGAACGGGAGCAGAAUUUCGGCGAAGACGAUCCGGAGCGUGAUUUUACCGACGCUCUGCUGAGAAGCCUCCGCGAAGAUCCGAGCGUCAGCCGAGACACGAUUAUGUACAUGCUGGAAGACUUCAUCGGUGGCCAUUCGGCAAUCGGAAACCUCGUCAUGCUGGCUCUCGGUUACAUCGCUAAACAUCCGGACAUCGGCAGCAAAAUCCAGCGGGAAAUCGAUCACGUCACAGAAAACGGCAACCGAAACGUCACCCUGUACGACACCGAAAGUAUGCCCUUCACAGUCGCAACCAUCUUCGAGGUGCUCCGAUACUCAUCCUCUCCCAUCGUGCCACACGUGGCCACCGAAGACACCUGCAUUGCCGGCUACGGUGUCACCAAGGGCACCAUCGUCUUCAUCAACAACUACGACCUGAACACCAACGUAAAGUACUGGGACGAACCGAAACGCUUCAACCCGGAACGGUUCAUCGAAAGUGCCACCCUCGCCCAGAUCCGAACCGACCUAAUUGGAUCGCCUACCGCCAAACAGGACCUCCACUCGAUCAUCAAGAACAACAACAUCAACGCUUCGAACGAAAGCCAGAAGCAGAUCCUGCGGGUGAAGAAAAACAUUCCCCAUUUCCUACCCUUCAGCAUCGGCAAGCGAACCUGCAUCGGACAGAAUCUGGUGCGUGGCUUCAGCUUCAUCAUCCUGGCCAACAUCCUGCAGAAAUACAACGUACACACUAACGAUCCGGCCCGGAUCAAAAUGUACCCGGCCUGUGUGGCCGUCCCACCGGACACCUACCCGCUGGCGUUCACCCAACGCACCCAAAAGCAGCACUGAACACCAACAUUUCCCUACCCUAACCACCUCUGUAAAUACUCCCCCCUCGGUUUAAGUCUCCCAUAAAUUAUUACGUAUGGUGCUCUCCCUCUCUCUUUAAAACUGUUAGUGUAGCUUUUUUUUGUUGAGAGAGAACGAGAGCGCCCCGGAAAUCGGUAACUUUUAGCUUGGUAGAUUUUCGCAGCUCGGCUUGCGUGAGGAUAAAGAAAAAUGUGUUAUCUAGUGCGUAGAACGUUUCCCCCCGUUUCAGCCACCCAAUCAGACGGACGGACGGGGGGCGUACUCAAAACAUGGGAUAAUUGGAAUAGUUCCGUUUUUAUAAAACAUUUACCUUAAGCCAGCAGAGAAGUAGAAGAAGCAGUGAAUUAGCAACCUUAGAACUAAGAGUGACAUUUUUGAGCACACAUAUGAACAUUCGUAUCUCUCUGUUAGUUGUAGAUACUGAAUAGGAAUAGGAAUAGGAUAGGGAUAUUUUUUUAUAUCUGCAUUUAUUACGACGGAAAAAACCGCUAAGUUAUUAUGCCCCCGUUGCAGUAGAGAAGAGAGGUAAAGCUUCCGGCGAACUUUUGUUUUGCAUUUUUUGUAAGAGUUAAGACUGAAUCCGCACGCACUGUCCUGUCGAAAGUGUCGGCGGAAGUGCGUGCUAUAAACGAGAUAUAAAGUUAUUUGAAAGACUAAGAAAAUUGAAGCGAUUAAAUUAAAUUAUCUCUCUGUUGGUGCAGCAGCGCUUAGGUAAAUUUUGUGUAUUGGUAAAACAAUUAUGUUAGUAGAGCUUAGUGAUUAGUGUGUCCUCCACCCUCAGAGACUGAGGCAAUUUGCAGUGUAGAAAGUACAGUGAAUAUAUAAAGCAAUAAGCAGUUAAUAACCUAUAAAAUACA